AUGAUGACUUCUGACUUCAACGAUAUCGAGGCGUUUUUAGACGGGCACCCGGAGGUCUUCGAGGAGUACUUGAUCCGGAAAGCCAAGUGUGAGCACAUUAGCAGGUGGCUGAGGGAGCACCAGCCCCCCAAAGUGACCGCGGCCGAUGAGAGACGCGGCGGCGCCCCGGCCAGGGAACCCUCUCUCUGGCCAGCCAAUCCGGACCCUCUCCGACGCCGGUCGUCUCACAUGGAGCUUCGGCGAAACUUCGCACGCUCCAAAGCCAGCGCGGCGCACAGGACCUACGACGAGCACGCCAGCUUCAGCCAGCAGGACCCUCAGUCCAGCAUGAGGCGACGCGCGCUCCUGCGUAAAGCCAGCUCGCUGCCUCCCACCACGGCGCACAUCCUCAGCGCUCUGCUGGAGUCCAGGGUCAGCGUGCCCCAGUACGCGUCCACCGCCACCGACCACAAGUGUCGCCUGAGGGAGACCAACGAGAGAGAGUUCUUCUUGGAACUGGUCAAAGACAUCUCCAACGACCUGGACCUGACCAACCUGAGCUACAAGAUCCUAAUCAACGCGUGCAUCCUGGUGGACGCUGACAGGUGCUCCCUCUUUCUCGUGGAGGGACCCCUGCACAAGAGGACGCUAGUGUCCAAAGUGUUUGACGUGCAUUCGGGCACCACUGUCAGACCCUCUUCUUGCACCCUCAAUUCCAGCGAGGUGCAAGUGCCUUGGGGAAAAGGCAUCAUUGGAUACGUGGCAGAGCAUGGAGAGACCGUCAACAUCCCAAAUGCGUAUGAGGACCACCGCUUCAGUGACGAGAUCGACAAGUUAACAGGCUACAAGACUCAGUCUAUUCUCUGCAUGGCUAUCUGUAACAGCGAUGGUGAGGUUAUUGGAGUGGUACAAGCAAUCAACAAAAAUCCCACAGGAAUGCCUUUCACUGAGGAUGACGAGAAGGUGCUGCAGAUGUACCUACCCUUCUGUGGAAUAUCUAUUUCCAAUGCCAAGUUGUUUUCUGAGUCUCGCAAGGAGUAUGAAAGGAGCAGGGCUUUGCUGGAGGUUGUCAACGAUCUGUUUGAGGAGCAGACAGACUUGGAGAAAAUCGUGAGGAAGAUCAUGCAGCGAGCGCUGACCCUCCUGCAAUGUGAACGUUGCUCUGUACUUCUUCUUGAGGACAUCGAGUCCCCAGUUGUGAAGUUCUCCAAGACGUUUGAACUGAUGUCUCCUUUGAGCAACAUGCAUCAUGACACCAGUAUAGAGAAACUGUCAUGUGCGGAUUGGCUGAUCAAUAACAGCAUCGCCGAGCUGGUGGCGUCAACAGGACUCCCGGUUAACAUCAGUGACGUGUGCCAGGAUCCACGGUUUGAUGCCGAGGCAGACCAAGCCUCGGGAUUUCAUAUCCGAUCAGUGUUGUGUGUGCCUAUCUGGAAUAGAACUCAUCAGAUUAUAGGGGUUGCACAAAUUUUGAACCGUCUAGACAGGAAGACCUUCAACGAUGCAGAUCAGAGAUUGUUUGAGGCAUUUGUGAUUUUCUGUGGACUUGGCAUCAACAACACUAUGAUGUACAAUCAAGUGAAGAAAACGUGGGCCAAGCAGUCAGUAGCAUUGGAUAUGUUGUCUUACCACGCUACGUGUUCAAAAGUAGAAGUUGACAGACUCAAGGCUGCAAAAAUCCCUAUGAGCUGCGAGCUUGGCAUUGACGAGUUUCAUUUCAACGACUUCUCUUUGGACAACGAUGCAAUGAUCACCGCUUCUCUUCGAAUGUUUCUAGAGCUUGGUGUGGUCCAAACCUUUAAAAUAGACUAUGAGGUUUUGUGUCGCUGGCUUCUCACCGUGAGGAAGAACUAUCGAACUGUGGCCUACCAUAACUGGCGACAUGCUUUCAAUGUGUCUCAAUGCAUGUUUGUUAUGAUCACAUCAGCCGGCUUUCAGGACAUUUUGUCCGAGGCAGAAAUUCUGGCAUUGAUGGUUGGCUGUUUGUGCCACGAUUUGGACCAUCGAGGGACAAACAAUGCAUUUCAAGCUAAGACAGGUUCUGCUCUGGCAUUGCUUUAUGGGACGUCAGCGACCCUGGAACACCAUCACUUCAAUCAUGCAGUCAUGAUCCUGCAAAGUGAGGGUCACAAUAUCUUUGCAAACCUCUGCUCAAAAGAAUAUAGCAAGAUGAUGCAACUAUUGAAGCAGGCUAUUCUCUCCACAGACCUCACUUUGCACUUUGAGCGCAGGAGCAAGUUCUUUGAGAGCGUGCUUGCUGAAGAAUUCAGCUGGACUGAAGAAAAACACAGAGAAGUCCUCAGGUCCAUGCUGAUGACAGCCUGUGAUUUGGGAGCCGUCACUCGGCCGUGGGAAAUAUCCAAACAGGUGGCUGAGCUGGUGACGAGUGAAUUCUUCGAGCAAGGAGACAGAGAAAGGUCGGAGUUAAAGCUCACCCCAGCGGCCAUAUUUGAUCGAAAUCGCAAAGAUGAGUUACCUGCGCUACAAUUGGAGUGGAUAGAUGGCAUCUGUAAACCUCUAUAUCAGUCCCUGCUCAAACUAAACAGGAAGUUGCAGCCAAUGGCAGAAGGGAUAGAUGCUAACCGAAAGAAGUGGCAGGAGCUGUGUGUGCUUAAUGAGCAUUCACGCGAUGCCUCAGUGACCAGUCAGAGUCCUGAGGCUGAAGAAGCCAGCGAAGAGUCCGAUGUGAAGUUGAAGGAAAACACCAAAGGUUGUCAAAUUGGAAGUUUAGAAGCCAAACAACUUGAAGGUUAA